CCUUUAUGCUCAGAUAAAAUACGGACAUGGGGAUAAUGUGACUUGAAUAAGAGCAGUUCCUCUCCUCUUUUCCUUUCUCUUCUCUUAAACUUUCACUCCCUUUUAUUUGCAUUGUCCUCUCUGACCCAAAUCCUCCUGCUUUCAUCCCAAAACAUCUUAUUCUCCCAUCUUCCUCAGCGUUUAAUCACUCUCUCCCCUCCCUCCUUCUCUUUGUGCAGUGCCUCUGUCCUGCUCUGAGGGAUUCACAGAGUUGGGAUACUACAACGGCACCGUGUCUCAGACGGACUCUGGCGCCCCCUGUCUGAAGUGGACCGAGUUUCCAGACUACGUCAUGCAGUACCCGGGCCGAGGGCUGGGCGACCACAGCUACUGCAGGAACCCAGACCGAGAGUCUAACCCCUGGUGCUUCUUCAGACAAAACUCUGGAGCCAUCGGAUGGGCCUACUGCGACUGCCACCAGGGUGCGACACGUCUGGUUGGCAGCUCGACCUCUGGCAGCGGCCGUGUUGAGGUCUACCUGAACGGCCAGUGGGGCGCGGUGUGCGACUCUCACUGGACAGACAGAGAUGCCAGUGUGAUCUGCAGGCAGCUGGGCCUCAGUGACAUCGGCGCGGCACUGCAGCACUCGCAGUUUGGCUCGGGCUCUGGCCUGUUCCACUAUGAACGUCUGGGUUGCCGCGGUGACGAAAACAGUCUGAGUAAGUGCCGGAGCAGGACGUUCGUCACUGGUGACUGUAGCCAUGGAAACGAGGCAGCAGUGGUGUGUGCACCGCCGGAAGGUAGUGGACCUCCGCUGCGACUGGUGGGAGGCGAGGAAGACUUUGAAGGUCGAGUGGAGGUGUUUCACGCAGGGAGGUGGGGCUCCGUCUGUGAUGACCAGUGGGAUGACAGAGAUGCUGAGGUGGUGUGCAGACAGCUGGGUUUUGG